CGUACCCAACGGCGUAGGCUUUGCGUCGAUUUACCGCGGAAGCAUAAACCAGGCUUCAGACCUGCCUUAGAGCAGCCCGCUAGUUAGUCGGGAAACAUUCCCCGCUGAUCCGUGUCCGUGCUGCAGGAUGGGCAUGUGUCUGCCGUGCCUCGGCGGAGCGGCGGACGACGUGGUCGUCACUCCAGACCCAGAGGCGAGGAGGCAACAGCUGGCCGAAGCUGCCGAGAAGAGACAAAAAGAGACAGCGUACAGGGGGGUUAAAAAUCCGGAACAAGUUGAGAGGAAAAGGAAAAAACAGGAGGAGGUUGAGAAACAAACGAUGACCACCUCCGUGUCGGGCGGCGGCAGCGGGUUAAAGUGGCAGGUGGGCUGACGUUUUGAACUCUGAAGUCCGAAUCCACAUGAAGCAUCACUGCGAGGUUACUGCUGUCCACUUUAGCCUCUUCUUGCCUGUCUUUGUUGUGUCAUAAACAAACAGUAACAAUUGUCAGACUCAGAAUGCAAAGGUAAUUUAAGAUGUUCCAGAAGGAACUGCUGUGUUUGCCAAGGUACACAAGUCGGCCAUGACGCGAUAAAGCAAACAUCGCUCCCAGUGUGGUAGUUUUUAUUUGACGACUGAUUUAGAUAAGACGUAAACUAAAACUAGAGCACAUGAAGAUUGUGGCCUUGAAGUUUGGUAAAAAUUCAAUCGAAACUCAUUAUUACCCCCUUUUUUUAAAAAUGUAGUUGUAUUUUUUUAACACUUGUUACUGCCCCAACAAUGUUGUUAUUCAGUGAGCAUCUUGGCUGCACACUAAGGGAUCUGCUUUCUGACACCAGAAACGUGUGUGCAAAGGUAGUCUUCUGUUUCUGCCUGUCACUAAGAUGCUGUAUGUUUAUGAUUAGUGCAGAGUGCAUGCUGGGAAUCCCUUGUUCAUUAAGAAGACAAGGAGAUGUUUGCUUAUCCUUUUUUUUUUUCUCAGUGCCUGAGCACGUGCUGGCACUGAAUGUGUUUCGCUCCCCGGUCUAUACAUUUCAUCAAUUAUUUACUAAGUGAAUGGUUUUUAUUUUUUUAUAUUGUUUUUUUGAGCCAUUGUAGACACAGCAGCUACACAAUACUGCUUAAAAAACAUAAAACGACAUUAAAACAUUAUAUAACAAAGUAAAGGUGACGUGAACGUGCCCAAACCCCAUCUAUCAUUAUGCUUUUGAUACCCUGCACUUUACAUGCAUCUGCACCAACGGCUCUGCUUCAGUCGACGGCUGCUUCAGUCAGGCCCCUCGCGUCUGUUUUAUGCACAACUUGAGUUUGUUGAUCUGAAAUGCAAUGUAUUUAUGCAUACAUCUGAUGUCACGGCUGCUUUAUUUAAAGACAUAUAAUUUUAUUCGAGGGUUGGGGGGGGUGAUAGUCUGUCAACAUUUUGUCGAACAGCAAAUAUGGUUUCUCUUUGUUGGGAGAUUCUUGUGGGCUGCAGUGGAGACAAGAAAAGCAUCUGAAGGAAGAAGAAAAUGAAGGAAAAUGUGAUUCAAAUGUGUGCUGGGACUUGUCUUACAACCUUCACUUGGUCCUUAAAUGCUUAUGGUGCUCUUGUCAUUUUUUAGAACAGAAAACUCAGCCAACGUUGUUUGCUACAAUAAAUGAUUCACAUUUACGUUUGUGUGGCGUUCACUAAUAGAAUUACAGUUUUAAAAUCAAAUGCCUUUUGUUAAUUACAGUCUUUGAGUCUGCAGUUGAUCAGAUAAACAUUUACAAAUAAUUCAAAACAAUGUAUAUUAAAAAAAAACC